UAAAGUGGUAACAAUGGCAACUGGUUCAGUAAUUCAAAAGUCUACCGUCGUCUUUACGCCUCGGCAUGUGAACUUUUUUUGAAUAGAAGAAACGUUCACAUCGAUAUUUGUGACGACGUCCUCUGAGCUCAGGAUGUGGGCAGACUGGAGGCCACCGAGAGGAACACAAGCAGCAGCUACACAGGAUGGCGGUGGCCUCACUCUGCCUCAUGCUCUCGGCCACGCUCAGCAUCCAUCCCGAGAAGUCUCAGUUCUACCUGUACGAGCACGUCUCUUUGGCCCGGUCAACAUCACGGUGACGGCCGGGGUCGUGGUCCUGGGGAGCCCGGCGCUGCCCGUGAUGGAGGGAGACCAGGUGACCCUUCAGUGCUUCUACAAGGAGAGAGUUCAAACGUCCCCCACGUCGCAUUUCUCUGCCGUCUUCUACAGAAACGAUGAGGUCAUCGGCACUGGGCCUGAAGGGAAGAUGCUCCUCCCAGCGGUGUCCAGGUCUGAAGAAGGCUUCUUCAGGUGUGAGCACCCCACGAGGGGGAGGUCCCCCCAGAGCUGGCUGUCAGUGAGACCUCGUCCUGACCUCCCUCCUCCUCCUCCUCUCAUGGCUCGUCCUGACCUCCCUCCUCCUCCUCCUCUCAUGGCUCGUCCUGACCUCCCUCCUCCUCCUCCUCUCAUGGCUCAUCCUGACCUCCCUCCUCCUCCUCCUCUCAUGGCUCGUCCUGACCUCCCUCCUCCUCCUCCUCUCAUGGCUCAUCCUGACCUCCCUCCUCCUCCUCCUCUCAUGGCUCUUCCCCGGCUGCUGUGCACCAUCCUGCUGUUCGCCCUCUACACCUUCAUCCUCGUGGUGUGCAUGUACCAGUACCGGAAGAUGGCUCGAGCUCGAGCUGAGGCCAAAAAGAGAGCUGACCAUCUCGUCCUGGAAUGAUGAUGAGGAAGAUGAUGAUGAUGAUGAAGAAGAAGACACUGUAUUUUUAUUCAUCUAUUUUUCUAAAAUUAUGUAUAUCUAUCUUUUAUCAUCGCUUAGCUGCUGUAUGAAGGAUGGAACCUGAAAAAACUAUUAUUUAAUGAAUGAAAACAAACAAAUAAACAAAUUGAUGGAUAAAUGCAAAGAAAUAGAUAACAAUGUAAAAACACAUUUAAUGAAUAAAAGAGCAGAAUUAAAACAGAAAUAUCAAUUCAUGAAUUAAAUAGUUAAUGCAUACAUUUAUUCAUUAUUUAUUAUUUAUUUUGGAAGCUUCCGUCCUUCAUAAACAUGAUGCCUAACAUGCUUUAUUUCAUAAUCCUUCUGCACGCACUCAGCCAUCUGAAUACUUUUCUUUCUUUUUUAUUUAAUCAAAUAACUCAGUUGAGAACCAGUUCUCAAUGUUAUAAAUCUGUUAUAUUUGUUCCAUUUCUUAUUCUAUCUUCAUUGUGUAACAAUGUUCAUCUGCACUGCAUAAAUGCAAAAAUGCAUACAUUUAACAUUGAAUAAUUAAUAUACAUAUAUGUAUAUAUAUAUAUAUAUAUGUAUUAUUCUAUGUAAUGUAAUGUAAUGUAAUAUUCUUCAUCAGUAUUACUUUGUUGGUGAGCUGCAUUACCAAAGAUUGCCCAGCAGGUGUCACCAAUGUAACUUUUAAAGGCUUUUAAAUCAGCUGUAAUGAAAUGUGUUGCAUUCAGGGUCCUGUACUUUGCAGAACUCCCACGUCUCUUUGCUUUAUGGGCAGAAGUGACUCAUGUUGAUGGAAUGAUCUCACAGGAAGCGAGAGACUGUCAGAGAGACUGUCAGAGAGAGACUGUCAGAGAGACUGUCAGAGAGACUGUCAGAGAGACUGUCAGAGAGAUUGUCAGAGAG